CUUUAGACCAUCUCGUACUUAACGUUUGUAUACAGUAUAGCUCGGCGUUUUUGUGUUCUUUUCGCGUUUUAAAUAAAAACUCGUUCGAAGGGGGGGGCGACAGCUAAUUUUUCAAAAUUUCCUUUCCAGUGCCUCCGCGCGCCGUGUGCAUUACACAAUUUGUGAUUAAUUUGUAUUUAGACACUUCCUCUUAAAAAAUGCGGAAGGCCGAACUUUCUUUCGACAUUUCAGGAAACUCGAAUUGUGCGCAUUAAGUUUGGAUUUUAAUGGCAUUAAGCUCGAUGGUAAUUUAAUUGAUCGGGUAUCUGUUUGUUCAACGUUAAAUACAUAUUUCCUCAAUGACGAAUCGUUGCUAGUUGUUGAUUGCAUGUUAAGUGGAUGGUGAUACAAAGUGUUUAAGGAAAAAUCACGAAUUUAAACCCACCGGAUCGUGUUUCCGUGUUUUUUGACAUUCAUUCAGAGAACAGCAGUAGGUGGUCAUUAUAGUUGUACAUACGUCAUUUGCAUUGUCUUCCUAUUAUGAUGCUCGGUCUAUUAACAACAGCACCGUAGAAGUAGACGAUUAACGCGUGUAAAUGGUGUUUGUACUUCCAAAAGGGAUUUAAAUCGUCGAGUGUUCGAGAUCAAUAUUUAAUGAGCGGCAUUUUUAAAUGAUGGUGACAUCGGGGGUGGUCUGGUGUCUUAAAAACGAUCGAUGGAUUCCUCUACAACUAAGCUCGGUGCGUCUGCACGGUGUCGUUACGCAAGCCCAUUGGGCCGCCGUGUCGAAAUUUCUUCAGGAAGUCGCCAACAAGCAAUUCAUCUUGCAAGAGAACGGUUUUACUGAAUUAACCGAACAGCAAAAAGAAGUGCUCUUGAAACAAGUGCCCAAAAACGAUGCGUCGGAAGUCAAAGAAAAACAGUGGCAGGAGCUCGUGGCGAAGGAUAGCUCGUCGGUUAACGACGAAAAAUUGGAUUCGUCCAAAUGUGAUAACGUAGAUAAAGAAAUUUGUAGUAAAUUCGUAGGUAAUAAUUUCUUAGAAAAGACUGACGUCCAAAAUAGUGAGGCAAAGACUGAUAGGAAAAAUUCCCUUCAAAGUGACGAAAUCGUUCUGCGAUUACUUCGCAAGUACUCGAAGUACAGCCGAGGGGCCUUGGCUGACAAUAUCUUAACGGCGAUAGACGACCUUCCCGAAGAAACUCCACGCGUCCGAAAACGCGGCGUUACCCACAAGGAAGAGCGCCUCUACGAAAACUGCAACGAGUGCGUCCGUAGUUCGGACGAGGAAACUUUGGAAAACCAACGCAACGAGCACGUGCUCCGGUGGCUGAAGGAGCAAAGCAAGUGGAACGCCAUCGACGCGAACAGAAAAUUCAGUUUACCGUGCCCCGACAAUCGAACUUUAGAAAAUGAGCUCAUUCGAGACCGUCGCACCAGCUGCGUUAUCAAGACGCACAGUCGCAAGUCGUCACUUUCUUCGGUCAUCGAAAGCAAACAGUCCACGAGUUCGCCCACGACCAGUCGAAAAUCCAGCGUCUCUUCGCCUUCGACCUCGGACAGUAGGAAAUUGUCCGAAAAUGUUCGAAAAAACAGCGUCACCUCCAAUAGCAGCUGCUCGGAGAGCGAAGAGGGUAGCGUCACGUCCGGCCACUGGCAGAAGAUUCUGAUGAAAAAUUUCGGACCGAAGAAGCUCGAGGAAAAAAUUCGAAAACAGCGAAGGGUAUGGGCGAGGAAUACGAGAAAGUUAAGCGUCCCCGAUGUGUCCUUGCAGUUAUGGUACUUCCGUAAGAUCAAACGAAUUGAGGCUGAGAAGAAACUACUUUUACCAGAAAACGACCACGGCGCCUUCCUCAUUCGAGAUUCGGAAAGUCGACACAACGACUACUCACUGUCAGUUCGCGACGGCGACACCGUCAAGCACUAUCGCAUUAGGCAAUUGGACGAGGGCGGCUUUUUUAUUGCGCGGAGGACGACGUUUAGAACACUCCAAGAACUGGUCGAACAUUACAGCAAGGAUGCGGAUGGUUUGUGCGUCAACCUGUGCAAGCCGUGCGUUCAGGUGGAAAAACCGCAACCGGAAGGCUUAUCGCAUCGCACUCGGGACCAAUGGGAAAUUGACCGAACCUCCUUGAAGUUUGUAAAGAAACUCGGUCACGGGCAGUUCGGCGAAGUGUGGGAGGGUAUGUGGAACAACACCACGCCCGUCGCGAUAAAAACAUUAAAACCUGGCACUAUGGAUCCGAAGGAUUUCCUCGCCGAAGCGCAAAUAAUGAAGAAGUUGAGGCAUCAGAAAUUAAUUCAAUUGUACGCAGUUUGUACAAUGGAGGAGCCGAUUUUCAUCAUAACCGAAUUGAUGAAGAACGGCUCGCUCUUGGACUACCUGCAAGGAAAAGGCAAAGUACUUAAGUUGCAACAGCUCAUCGAUAUGGCCGCCCAAAUAGCGGCCGGUAUGGCAUAUCUUGAAUCGCAAAAUUACAUUCACAGGGAUUUGGCAGCCAGAAACGUUCUUGUCGCCGACAGUAAUGUAGUUAAAAUUGCCGAUUUUGGUUUAGCACGACUCAUUAAGGAAGACGAAUAUGAAGCGAGAGUCGGCGCACGAUUUCCCAUCAAAUGGACAGCUCCGGAAGCUGCAAACUACAGCAAAUUUUCGAUAAAAUCGGACGUGUGGUCAUUCGGUAUCUUACUUACCGAGCUAGUCACUUACGGUCGUAUUCCAUACCCAGGUAUGACCAAUGCGGAAGUAUUGCAUCAAGUGGAUCACGGCUACCGCAUGCCAUGCCCGCCCGGCUGUCCGAACGCUUUGUACGAUAUUAUGUUGGAAUGUUGGCAUCGGGACGCGAUGAAAAGGCCUACCUUUGAAACCCUACAGUGGAAGUUGGAAGAUUUCUUUACCAUGGAAGGUUCGGAAUAUAAAGAAGCGUCCGCUUACUGAGGCCACGCCCACCCCCCAUCUGAUUGGCUGCGUAACACAUUGGAUAUGCAUUACCAUUAAUUAGAUGGGAGGUGGUUUUGUCUACAUUCGUAUUAAUAUUAUUACAAAAUAUUAUAAAGAAUUGCGAUGAAAUCCU